CCUUUUUCAUUUCUCUCUCCCGUUCAUUUUUCCGGUUUCUGAAACCCUAGAGAGAGAAAGUAAAGAGAGAGCACAUUUUGCAUUUCACUCUCAUCGAUCACAUGGAUUCACCACACCAAUCCACCGUCCUCGCCGGAGCUCCCCCGUCCUCACCUCAUGGCUCCUCCACCGUCUCACUCAUCACACACCAGCCGCAGCACACUGUCCUCGCCGAAGUUCCACCGUCCUCGUCCGUGACACAGCAGCCAGUUCUCGCUGCUGUCGCAUCUGAGGCCAAAGCUCCUCCGUCCUUGCCGCAUAGCUCCUCCACCGUCGUACGCAUCGCUGCUCCACCUUCCUCCUCGAAGCUCGCAGCUAGCACUAUGGCUCAAUACUGGUUUGCUAUGUUGGCCGGUUUUACACUUGGUAUGUUUGGAGCUCUUCCUUGGUUUUUUUUACAAAUGGAGGGGGAGCUUCCAUUUUAUAUAGCCACCUUAGUCGGUAUCUUUGAGGCUGCAUUGGUGUUAUGUGCCAGUUGGUGCUUUCCAAAGAACAAAUUUUACAGAAAGUUCAUGCUCAUACAUGUUUUCGUCACUUCCCUUGCUGUUUACGUUCCAGCCUCACUGAUACUGCUCAAGAUUUCAUCCCUGAAACUUGAAUGGAUGCUGUUUGGAGUAAUGGGGGUUAUAGUGCUGUCUUGUUUGGUCCAUGAUUACAUUGUGGAGUUACAAUUUCGGUUGGGGGAAUCGCUGGCCAUGUAUCUUGCUUGGCUUGUCAUGGGGUGGGCCUUAAGAUGUGCUCAUGAGAAGGCAUUUGGUCAAGCUAUGGUGGUGUUUUACACUCCUGCAUUUGCUGUGUUACUUGCUGUCAUCUUUGCUUAUGCGCUUAUGCCCAGGCCACAUUGAUCGAUCUCUGUUUUUAGUAUUUCUACUUAAUUUGAACAAUGAUUUCAUUACUGUUGUUGCUGUUUAAUUAGUACGUACUGGGAUAUUCGUGUGUACUUUUGACAAUUUAACAUGGUUUAACUACUGUUUUGGCUGUUUAGUACUGAGAUGUUGGUGUUUACGUGGCAAUUUAACAUGAAAACCAAUGGAAGUGUGGUAGUAGGCCAAAUUAGUUAUAAGGCUCAUUUAGAUAUAACUAUUUCAUUUAUUAAAUUCUGCAUUUUUUAUUAUGCUAUUUCCUU